AUGGACUUGGGCAGCGGGGAGGAAAAGGGCCGGAGAUCCCCCCUCAGGAGGGGCUCCAAAGCCAUCCCAGGGUGCUCUGAGGAGGAAAGAGCCAGCCUGUGCCAGGAAGGCAGCUGGAGCUUGAGCCAGAGCUGUGAGCUGGUGGUCCCUGAUCAGCCUCCCAGCAGGGAGAAGCCCUUCAGGUGCUUGGAAUGUGGGAAGAGCUUCAGCAGGAGCACCACCCUCCUCACUCACCAGCAGAUCCACACUGGGGCACGUCCCUACUCAUGUGGGGAAUGCGGGAAGAGCUUCAAUGACAGGUCCACUCUGAUCCGACACCAGCGCAUCCACAGUGGGGAACGGCCCUACACGUGUGGGGAAUGUGGGAAGAGCUUCAGGGACAGCUCCAGCCUUCGCACCCACCAGUGCAUCCACACUGGAGAACAGCUCUACAAGUGCUUGGAAUGUGGGAAGAGGUUUCAGACCAGCUCACAUCUCCUCAGGCAUGAGCGGACACACACAGAUGAGAGACCCUUCCGCUGCACCGACUGUGGGAAGGGCUUCAAGCACAACUCCACCCUCGUCACCCACCGGCGCAUCCACACCGGAGAGAGACCCUACAAGUGUGGGGAGUGUGGGAAGAGCUUCAGUGACAGCUCUGCCUUUACCAAACACCAACAGACCCACCAGUAAGGGCAGCCCCACCAGUGCCCCGACUGCGGGAAGAGCUUCGGCCGCUGCUUCUACCCCAAAUGAAACCCCUGAUGUUGAGGCAACCCCUGAAGUCCAGUGACUGUCAGUCCAUCCCUUUCCAUCAGAAAGGACCAGUCCCCUUUCAGAGGGGCAGCUUCUUCCAACAGAACCUUUCUUGGGAGGUGAGUGGAGAUUCCUGCCUUGGCUGGGGACCCCCCAAGGUCACUGCUGGAGGUUGAGAGCAGAGAUCUCCCCAUGAGUGUUGGUCUGGGGGAGUUCCAUCCAUCUCCUAUUAAGAAUUAUUACUUUUGUGCCAGCUUGAGUAGAAUUACUUCAACAAUUGCUUUAGUGUAGAGCACUGUCCUAUCUUAUCCUGUACUCCUGGUAGUUUUAGUGUUUCUCUUGUGCAGUAAAUAAUUCUGAUGAAG